AUGUCCGGCGACAUGAACUCCGACGACGACGAUCUAAAAGCUUUGGCUCUGUUCUUGGAUGCUGAACUCGAUGGUGUUCCGGCAACUACGGAAAAAAUCAUAGACACUAAACAGGAUGUAAUAAAAGACAACAUCGACAACGGUAGUCCACUGGCUGAGAGUUAUUCUAAAAAGGCAGCCGGAACAUUUAGUGACUUUUUCAAGUCGAUGAAGUCGAAAAUUGUCGAUUUAGAUGAAGAGGUAGUUAAAUGUGAACCAAAAAAGAAGUCCAUACCCAAAUUACCGAAAUUUGGAUUUGAUCCCUCAGCAGACCCUGUGUUUGGUCUAUGUAUGAUAAAUCCAUUGUUGUCAUCUCAGACAAUUCAAGACAGGAUGAUCGGUAAAGUACCAGUACCCGUUAGCCAAGUUAAAGCACAUCUUAGGUCUGCAGACAAUUCCGAUUGGGUUGUAGCUGGCGUUUUGGUAAACAAAUCUCUUCCAAAGACUUCACAAAAAGGUUCUACUUUUAGCAUAUGGAAAAUAAGUGACUUAAAACCAGGUAUGAACACUAUUACAUUAUUUUUAUUUGGCCGCUCACAUGCUGACUUAUGGAAAACAGAAGUAGGAUUUGUUGUUGGAAUACUGAAUCCAAAAGAAAUGGAUGGUAAAGACAAGAAAGAUGAAAUAGCAUUAUCCAUAAAUAGUGGUGAUCAAGUGAUGUUGUGGGGCAGAUCCAAACAUUUUGGGACUUGUAAAGGAACUAAGAAAAAUGGAGACAAGUGUGAUAUGUUUGUAAACAUUAAUAACUGUGAUGUUUGUACAUAUCAUGUUAAACAAGAAUAUAUCAAGCAUUGUAGUCAAAGAGCAAAUAUUGGAAAUUCUAGACCAACAGCCGCCCACAGUUUACGUGAUAAAGUGUUGGGAAAAAACGAAGUGUUUUACGGUGGUCGAAGUUUUGUGUCUACUAAAUCUAAUCAUUCACAAUUAAUGAAAGAAGACCAAGUGAAGCUUCAACGAUUGAAUGCUGGCAAACUGCUUGCGUUAGACCCAAUUAAAUCUCUUACCACUGCACCUCGUGCUACUAUUGCUAAUCGUCGAGCUACUGUUAUUAAUGACUCUGUUAGUGAUUUAAAAACUAAUGAAAUGAGUGGGUCAGGAAAAAAGAAUAUUGAUCAUAAAGAAGCUCAAAAAAUGUGUACAUUCAAAGAUAUAUUAGGUAGCUCAUCAAAUCAAAAAAAUUUUGGAUCUAUGCGUCCAAAAUGUGCCAAAGCUAGUGCAUUGAAUUGGAUUAAAUCAAAUGGGACAAUUCAAAAAGAAAAUCCCAAUUUAUUUGAAAAAAGUAAGGGUGGUAAAAAAAGAAAAUUGCCUGAAGAGAUUGUUUUAGAUUUAGGCCAAAAAAAGAAAGUUGCUGUCGAAGAAAAAGUUUCACCAAGAUUUUUAGAACUUAUGAAAGCUACUUCUCAGAACCAAGAUCUUAUUGAUACAGCUCAGCAAGAAGCUGAAGACAAAUAUUUUGAUCAAAUGGAUAAAAAGGAAAAAAUGGAACACAAAAUGAUGAACACAUACAAAGUGCAAUGUAAGGCUGUACGUUGUCUGGUAUGCAAAUAUACUUGGUUUUCAGCAUCUGAAUGGUGUAAAACUGAAAAACAUACUUUGCGUGUACUUGAUGCUACUAAAAGGUUUUUCAAAUGUAAUGAUUGCAACUCAAGAAUAGCUUGUUUGACAAUGUUCCCUUUGAUUUCGUGCAAAAAUUGUAAUGGUUCCAAAUGGGAACGAGCCCCAAUGAUGAGUCACAAAAAAGUUGAUGAAAUCCAUUUAAGUAUACGUGGAGAUGAACAAACAUUCUUGAGCUCAAUGCAACCAAAACUUAGUAUGGGCUUAAUGGUGGCAGAAGAAGAUUGA